AUGUCUGGCUUCAUCUCACCCUGUCCCAGCGUCCGCUCCCACCUCAUCGUCGACCUGAGCACUCCAAAAGUGUUGCAUCUGCGUCUGAACAGACCAAAGCAGCUCAAUGCCAUGACGGAUGUGAGUCAUGUUCCAUCCCUUUCCCCCCCCUUCUUCCCAUUUUGUCAAAACGUGACUCAUAUGAAUCGCCUCUGCUCGCUGGCCUUUUCAAGCCCAGGCGCUAGAAGAGGAUCUCUACUCCAUCUUGGACUGGUACGAAUUUGAGCCUUCUCUCUGGCUAUUGAUCAUCUCCGGCACCGGACGAGCAUUCUGCGCAGGUCAAGAUCUGCUAGAUUGGUCCAAGCGCGCCCCUCUCCCACGCGAGAGCACGUCCGGUGCGAAUGGUGAUCAUCUUGCGCUGCAGCAUGGACAAGAGACGGACAAAUUUGUUGGAAAGAUUAGGGCUGGUGGGUUUGGCGCACUCAGCUCGAGGAGGAGCAACAAGCCCGUCAUUGCUGCGGUGCAUGGCAUAGCUAUGGGCGGAGGUGUCGAGAUACUGGUAAGUCGAGAGUCGAUGUUGCGCCUAAGCAUUGCGAGCUGCGUCUGUCUGCCUCGCAUCUUCAGGUGGUAAAGAGGGCAAGCCUGCUGAUCCAGCACGCUAAACCGCCUCCUUUAUGCAUCGCUGCUUCAAGCUCAACUGCGAUCUCGUAGUCGCUACCUCUGCUUCCAUCUUUGCUUUGCCGGAAGUAAGCAGGGGAGUAGUAGCUGCGCAGGGGGGUAUUCCUCGACUUGCCGCCGUGGCAGGACACGUAAGUCGAGUCCGAAUGAGGGAGAGCCGUGCGCCUUUUUAUACUUUUUCCAUGUCAAAGCUGAAUGCCCCCGCCUUCAACAAUUCGCCCUAUUUCCUGUACACGUGUCCAAUUGUCGGGACUUUUACCAUUCCGAAUCGCUGGCCUUUGAAAACGCAGCACCUCGCAUCCCGACUAUUGCUCACCGGAGAAAAGAUCACGGCAGAACAAGCAUGCUCCACUUAUCGUUUCGUCACGCACCUGCACAUCCUCUCUCCAAGCACCUCGGACGAUCUAGCGCAAUCCCAAGUCCUCUCCAAAGCUCUCGAGCUGGCGAAUCAGGUCAUCAAGAAUAGUCCAGAUGCUGUGCAGCUUACAAAAGCUGGCCUUUUGGAUGCGAGGAAUGCGGCCAGACGCGUAGGGGCGCAGCGGCAUAGGGAUCCGUAUGCAAACGAGGAUGGAGUGGAUGCGCUGCCUAUCGAAUCGUACCAGAGUCUCAGGAGCAGAGCAUUGUAUGCAGGUCAGAAUAUCAACGAAGGUCUUGCCGCUUUUGCCCAAGUGAGUUCGUAGGGCUCAAGUCCACGCUUCGUUGCGAGACCCUCCCCAAAAGGAAGGCCUCGUUUUGCAAGCUACCUUGUUGCUCGCUGAUGAAGCACCGCCCAUCCAUUCAUUUCGGCUCGCUUUGCCAACAGAAACGUCCAGUGCAAUGGGCCGAUCCCCCUGUCAUACCGGACACGACCAGCACUGCCGCUCAUCACCGACUAAGCAAGCUUUGA